GUUUCCGGGUCAGAGCCGGGGCCGUGUCUGGGUGACAACAAGAGGACUUCAGGCGAUUUAUGGGGUGAAAGUGUGGCGGGCGAUGUAGGCGGACCUCAUCCCUUGUUCUAUCUAUGUCAUUUGUACCAACAUGUAGAACGACUUCUGGCUGUUUGCUCUGCCCCUUGAGUGUUUUCUGCUGCCACUCGGAGACAUCCCUGACUCUGGCACCCGGGAGGCAACAACUUGAAGCUGUGGAAAAUCAUACACUGAAAGAUUAUCUCACAAAUGGAGCCAAGUGCCUCAGACUUGGAGAUGAACAUCAAUGCCAGAACAAAAAACUGGUUUGUUGGAGAUGCUGUUCUUGCACCCGUUUCUGGAGAUGGGAAGCUGUCAGAAGCCACAAUAAAGUCUAUUUCUACAGAUGAAAAUGGAGAAACCGUAGCUCUUUUAAGAUUUUCCAGUUUCAAUGAAGAGAUUGUGCCAAUAACCAGACUACAAAAGAAAAGUAAAAAUGAACGUUGGAAGGGUUUUAUAUUCGAUGAUGAAGAUUUGGAGAAGCCCUUCUUUAAUGACAAAAAGACAUUGGGGCCCAAGAUCUCUUUGAAAUUGUGUGAGGGAGGUAUAUGUGUUCCACAUACAAUUAACAGAUACCUGCGAGACUACCAAAGAGAUGGAGUACAGUUCAUCUGCAAACAUUACUUUCGUGGCAAUGGAUGUAUCCUUGGUGAUGACAUGGGACUUGGAAAGACUGUACAGGUUAUUUCCUUUCUAGCAGCUGUACUUCAUAAAACAGGGACCCGAGAGGAUAUUGAAAAUAACAUGCCUGAGUUCGUACUGAAGACUGUGAGGAAGGAAUCUAAGGCUCUCAAUGACAAAAUUUUUCUAGUAAUUGCUCCAUUAUCCGUGCUGUAUAACUGGAAAAAUGAACUGGACACUUGGGGUUAUUUUAGAGUGUAUAUCUUGCAUGGCAACAAGAAAGACCAUGCAUUCAGCUGCAUUCGAAGAAGCAAGUGUGAAAUUGCCCUGUCUACUUACGAAACAGUCCGCCUAUGUCUAGAUGAGGUCAACAGUAUUGAAUGGUCUGCAGUGUUUGUAGAUGAAGCCCACAAGAUAAAGAAUCCUAAAGCUCAGAUCACACAGGCUUUGAAAGCCCUGAAAUGCAAGGUUAGAAUUGGGCUAACUGGAACCAUUUUACAGAACAACAUGGAUGAGUUAUGGUGUGUCAUGGAUUGGGCCAUACCAGGCUGCCUGGGCAACAGAGCUCGGUUUAAGGAAGAUUUUGGCAAUCCGAUUGAAUUUGGUCAGAGACAUGGGGCAACUAAAAGAGAACUAGCUGUUGGAAGAAAAUCUGUGAGACUGUUGGCAAAACGCAUGUCCUUUUGGUUUCUGAGGCGCACCAAGUCUCUCAUCAGUGAUCAACUACCGAGAAAAGAAGACAGGGUGGUUUACUGCUCUUUAACAGAGUUCCAGAAGUCUGUGUAUAAGGCAGUGUUGGAGACAGAAGAUAUAAAGUUGGUGAUGCGUGGUUGGGAUCCAUGUGAUUGCAGCAGUGGCCGAAAAAGGAAAAACUGCUGUUAUAAGUGCAAUCAAGAAGGUUCCACAGUACGACAGAUCUAUUUUAGUUACCUGGCAGUCCUCCGUAAGAUAUCCAAUCAUGUUGCACUCCUGCAGCCUAAUGAGAACACUAGCAAGAUGCAGCAAUCUACUGUCAGAGGAGUCUGUGAGCAUGUAUUUUGCAAGUUUCCAGAGUUUGUAAAGCAGAGUAAAGAAGCUGCUUUUGCAACCAUUUCUGAUCCCAAAUACAGUGGGAAAAUGAAGGUUCUUCAACGGAUUUUGGACCACUGUAGAAGAAACAGGGACAAAGUUCUGCUCUUCUCCUUCUCCACCAAGCUUUUGGAUGUGCUGGAGAGCUACUGUAUGGCUACUGGGUUGGAUUAUCGGCGACUUGAUGGGAAAACCAAGACAGAGGAGAGGGUCAAGAUAGUGAAGGAAUUCAACAGCUUGCAAGAUAUCAACAUUUGCUUAGUGUCCACAAUGGCUGGUGGCCUAGGACUAAAUUUUGUUGGUGCAAAUGUUGUUGUGAUGUUUGACCCAACAUGGAAUCCAGCUAAUGAUCUUCAAGCUAUUGACAGAGCUUAUCGCAUUGGUCAGUGCAGAGAUGUUAAAGUCUUUCGAUUAAUUUCAUUGGGCACGGUUGAGGAAAUCAUGUACCUGCGCCAACUUUAUAAACAGCAACUGCACUGUGCUGCUGUUGGAAGUGAAAAUGCAAGGCGUUAUUUUAAUGCAGUGCAAGGAUCAAAGGAACAUCCUGGGGAAAUAUUUGGAGUCCAGAAUCUUUUCAGCCUUCGAAUAGGGGGAUCCUGCUUGACUCGGGACAUCAUUCAGAGGGAGGGCCAAGUGGAAGCAGGAGUGAUGACAGCCACUACACAGUUGAGAGAAGAACCUCCAGUGGAAAGACAGGAAACAACCACAGACACCGGAAAUAUAAUGGGAGAAGAGAACCUGGACUUGUUGAUGCAACCUAAUAAAGGAAAUAGGGCAGCCUUGAGAAAGUCGGAACAAUUUUUUGACUUCAGUAGUGACAGCGAAACGGAGCCUUCAAGUGUGGCAAAAAUGAAGAACAGUAAAAUAGAUUCAGUAGAAAUCAGUCACCGUCUGGAUACUGGUGGACAGCUCACUUUAGUCCAAUGUGGGUUUUCCAGAUUCUUUGACAGAAAAGCAAGCAGUGGUGAGGAAUCCAGUGAAAGUGACUGUAGUUCUGAUGGUGAAAUGUUAGAGAAGCAGAGCACAGAAAUAAGCACAAGCUUGGGUGCUGCUGUGGCACAGGGAAAGGACAUGCCUGGUUACCUGGCUCUAGAUAUCCAAUCGGAUGCUCAACCAAUAAAAGGGGAUUGUGGGCAUACUAAGCAGGCAAGGCAGAACUGCUGCUCUUCCACUGAAUCUGAAGGAAAGGCUGAACCAGCAACUGACGUGGGAGCCACUAACAGCAGAGAAGAGAAUGAUGUGAUCAGUACUUCACGAGUGUUGGGACAAAAGAAAAAAACGCUAGUCGAGAAGAAAUCUAAUCUCAGCUUCCUGUCUACAGAUUCAGAGGAUUCAAACAAUGAAAAUAUUUCCAGUAAUAAAAAGUCUUUAUUAUCCCUUAAAAAUUCAGAUUGCAUUAGUGCGAAACCAUGCAUUGUUGACGAUUCUCCCAAGAUAACAAAGGGGAAACCCUUGAGCUAUGUUGCCAAACUGAAAACACAGUUGAAAGAGAAAGACAGCAUCAGUGAUGAGUCAGAUGAUGUUGAAAUAUCUACAGAGUCAUCAGACAUAAUGUCCAAUCCAUCAGAUCACAGAGCUGAAGUAGGCAGAAGAAGCGUUAACAGUAAUUCUAGAGCUAUUGUUAAAAAAAGGACAGCACGAUACAACAUUGAGGAAUUUUCAUCCUCUGAAGAUGACAUUCCCACCAAGCAGACCCGAUUAAAUGCAGACAAUGAGAUGAAUAGAAGUAAUAGGAAACAAGAAUGCAAGAAAGUUCAGUUUGGAUCUCACAACAGGCCGAGUGGAAUUGCCAAAGAUGAAACUGUACCCAGGCACAGGAACAGUGACAGGGAGCAGUUGGCAUCAGUGGACAAACUGUUGGGCGAUGUACAAGAAGUGGCUUUCAUUCAUUCAAACCAACGUGUGGUUGGAUCUAGCAAGGCUGAGAACCAAAUGACCCAUACCGCAAUUCGUGAUGUGUUUGAACUAAAACAGAAUUCCCAGAUUCCUGCAAACAUCGCCUGCCAUACAGGUCAGACAUACAGGAAGGACCAACGAGCAGCUGGCACCAGCACCUUGAUUAGGGAUGCACCCAAAGGGGUCUGUAGAGAGCAACCCUCUGGCAUGGCUUCUGUGGAAGGUUUAGCUGAACCUGCUCUGAGCAGCACCUCUCAACACCAGCUAAAAAUGCUGAGGAACUCCCGCCUGACUCCAUAUCCAGAGCUCAAUGACAUCCUGCCAGCCGGGCCCCCAGAAUCUGAACUUGAGGAUAAUGUCACAGUGCAGAGGUCAAAGGGCUAUGCAGCCACAGACCAUUCUGACAGAAGGGCUAAAAAAACAAUAAAUUCUUGUAUCUGUGGAGUAUCAGCUGGCAGAAUAAAAAGUUUAAGGAAAAAGAACCUGAAGGAAACAGCAGCUGUGUGUUUUGAAACGCAAGAUGAAGUUGGUUCACAAAAGCGUGAUUAUAACUCAGGACAGCCUCAUAAAAAAAAUAAUAAAGUGAUGGCUGACAAAUCUGCUAGUGAUUUUGCUGAAGGUGUUGGCGAUAGAAUCUGUAUGGGAUGUUCAAGUCCUUCAACUGCUGCUCUCUCAAAGAGUAGACUCGACAGGAGUGCAACGAGCUCCAGAGGGGCUGUGAAACUUCAGCAACACCAUGAAGAGAUAAGACCACCAGCAAAAGGGCCAAAGUGCAAGUCAGAUAACAACCAAGAAAUAACGCAACUCAAAACCGAUUCAAUCACAGAGCUGCUUGGUGACACCUCCAUACUGGAUCCAUUGUUUGACAGAAAGAAAACCCUUACUGCACAGCCAAAGAAAGCUUCUGGGCAUGUGCCAAAAGGAAAAAGCAAACCUAAAGAUUUCUGGGACUUUCUCAAUAAAAGUAAUGAAGAGUAUGUCAGUACACUAACAGAUUUUUCAGUGAUAGAAAGGUUAUGUGAAAGUGCACCUCUGAAAACUAAGGGAAGGGAAAAAGAAUGGGAUGGCUCUCUUUGGAAGAAGAAUGAAAAGUUUUUGUGGAAAAAACGUGAUCUAGAGAAUGACUUUAGUGCCUCAACAUCUGGCACAUCAUUGGCAAGUUGCCAGCUGUGGAAACAGAACUUUCAGACUUUGGAUGGGGAAAAGCAGCAGAAACAUAUAAAUGAAUAGUGUUUAAUUGAUCUAAAUACAGUAAUUGUAAAGAAAAAAAAUGUGAAGUAAUGAAUUUCUGCUUGUUUUUCAAAGUUGAUAUAUUUACAUUUCAUGGAAUGGCAGAAGAAUGGUAAGGUAACAACAUACUAUUGGAAGUUGGUCGUUUGGGACAUUACAGUUGAUACUUUGUUUUGCAUUGAUUAGCAUUAUUCUGAGAAACAGAUUUACUUAUUAUUUAACAUUUUCAGUUUUUGGACAUACAGUCAAUUUUAUACAGGAACUAUCUUAAUGCGAUAAUCAAAUGUUACUUGAUGUUUAAUGGAGGUUCAGAGAUUUGGUAGGGAACAGCAGAUGGUCAUUCAGCCCAUCAAGUCUAUGGUUAUCUGGUUGUUCUUAUUAGUUAUUGAUUUUAAAUCUGUCCAAAACAAUUGUACUUUAGUGUGAGGAAGAAUAUUCUUUUUAGUUUGUAUGAUUACUUUUUCCCUUUGACAUUUAAAGGUUUCUAGUGCAGAACAUUGAGUCCUCGGCUCCUGCAAGCAGACUGAGAACACGUAUGAGGUGGAGUACAACAUUAUUUACCCAUCUCUGCUCUGCCUGAAAAUUAUACUUGGCUCAGCAUUAUCGACAGCUGGGGCGAACAUUGCAGGUUUUCAAUUCUCUUUGCCACUUGAUGUUCUUUCACACCAUGGUCCAAUGUUGAGAUUAUGUAGUCUUGUUCCAGAUUUCUUUACCAGAGGAAAUUGUAGCCUUGAAAUUGGAUUGGAUGGCAUCUAUUUCCUCAGCAGUAUACAAACCAAAAUUGGGGUAAAUUGUACUAGAGGUCAGAGGAAAUCUGAGCCAUUGUCUGUUUUCAGCGCAGAGGUGUGCAGUUAGGCUGGGGUAGGGGGUGCAUCUCUGCUCCUACAGAAAGACAAGUUUCCAUAUACAAUCCUCAGACGAGAAGGUUUCUCGUCUUGGCGUCUCUCUGGUCGUGCAGGCAAGCAAUUUACGCAGAUUGGGCAGUUGCUGAUGCAUAACAUCCCUUUGCGCUUAGAAAACAGAAACCUGCAUCUGGGUAGCAUCCUUAUCUAUUGAGAACAACAGUCUUCUCAAAGGUGGAAAGCAUACUACUCACAAAGGGCAUCUUUCUGGUGUUUAAGGGCAUCAGGCUGCUCCCUGAUGGCAUAUUGUGCUUGCCUUCAUCAGUCAGGACAUUAACUACACGAGAUGGGACCUCAUGUUGCAACUGUACAAGUCGUUGGUGAGACCACACUUGGAGUAUUGUGUGCAGUUCUGGUUGCCCAGCUAUUGGAAGGAUGUCAUUAAGCUGUAACAGGUGCAGAAAAGAUUCACAAGGAUGUUACUGGGACUGGAGGGCUUGAGUUAUAAGAAGAGGCUGAAUAGGCUGGGGCUUUUUUGCUGGAGCAUAGAAGGUUGAGGGGUGCCCUUAUAGAGAAUCAUGAGGGCCAUAGAUAAGGUGGAUGGUCGCAGUCUUUUUCUCAGGGUACAGGAGUCUAAAAAUAAAAGGCAUAGAUCUAAAAUGCGAGGGGGAAAAAAAUUUAAAAGGGAUCUGAGUGGCAACUUUAGACAGGGUGGUGGGUAUAUGGAAUGAGCUGCCAGAGGAAGCUGUGGAGAUGGGCACAAUUAAAAUGUGUAAAAGGACAUUUGGGCAGGUACAUGGAUAGAAAGGAGUAGAGGGACAUGGGCCAAAUCCAGGCAAAUGGGACUAGCUUGGAUAGACACCUUGGUCAACAUGGACAAGUUGGGCUGAAGGGCCUGUUUCCAUGCUGUAUAACUCUAUGACUCUUAAGUUGUUCCUUUAGAGUUUCAAGAAAGACUGUGGCCAUUACCUCUGCAGCAGCUGCCACCUCAUCUGCGCCAGUAGUCAGUGUGCAAUGAUGUUAUCACCAAGUCCUACAGAAAAAUGAAGGUGGCCACCAGAGAGGAGGUCAUGGUCUCCUGGGUCCGCACAACCUCUUGUGAGAGUUUGGAGGUGGUUUCCUUCAUGCUGCUUGUUGCCUCCUGCAUUGGAAGAGACGGGCCGGUAAAUUCACUAACUGUCUGGCUGCGCAGUUGCACCAGCCUUGUCACUGGAAGCAUCUGAAUUGUGGUGCUCGUCUGAGUCCUCUGCAACAGAACAGAUGCUUGGACCACCACCCACCCCAACCUCUGGGGAUUCUCCUGCACUGAUUUCCCACACCUGUUACCAGGCUGCAGCAUGCUAAUACCUGGUGUAUCUGCUCUCGACACUGUCCCUCUAACAUAAGUCUUUUCAUCCCUCACAGAACCAACAGCUGAGGUUUUGCCGUAGGCUGCCAGGCACAAAGAUGCAUGGUGGUCUGUACCCUCAACAUCAUCAUUUCCCUAUCCCCACUGCAACCCACUGCCAACCCACCCUCCGAUAACCUCUUCCCACUCUCUGAUCUUCCCUCGUGCUUUGACUGCUGCUCAACCUCUGAGUGAUAGAGUUCUGAGAAGAGUGAAACUGGGGAAACUCUCCCGAUACCCUACAGAGACAAAGCAGAAAAUAGUUACUCUUGUAGAGUGCACCUAAAACAUUUUUGUGGUGAUGCAGCAGGACAGAUAGUAGUUGGGGAUUUGGGGCAGGGGGUGCAGAAGGUGUCUACUAUAGAUCAAAUCAAAGGGGAUGUAGUCAUCACAAUGAGGGGUGCAUUUGUAUGUAAAUAUGAAUGAAAAUCAUGUACAUGUUAUGUUAUGAUGUAAUAGUAUAUGUAACAUAGCACACAGUUUUUAACACCUCUUUAUUGAAGACUAAACAUAUUCUGAAGGUUGUUAUGUCUCCUUUGGGCUAGUUAAUACAGUAUUCAUCAAAUCUAAAACAGCGGCUCAUAGGCCUCCUCCCAAUAUAUUGCACAAUGAAGCAUUAUGAGUGAUCUUACCUUGCAGUUCCAUAAUUUGCUCUUGAGGUGACUUUGGCUUCUUUGCCUAUAAAGGAAUAUAUAUAAAGGAUAAUGUUGAAAAUGCUGAUGCAUUGAAUAUUCUCCUAAGAAAGCUUAAGGAGAAAGCUUAUUCUGUUGCAAGAGAUUGAUUUCAAGUCCUAUUCCACUUUUACUAAUCUGCUAGUCCCACAGAAAGCCAAUAGUUUUAUUCACAGAAACAGUGCAGAAAUUGAAUGGCCGCCAAUAAAUCAGAAUUAGACUUGCAUCUGUUUUACUGGUGCAAAUGGUGGGAAGCAGCAAAAUAUAGAUGUGGUAGCAUCUAUAUUUAUAGUGAUUGGUCAUUAAUCUAGCCCUAACAUGGGUAGAGGCAUCUGCAACAAGAAAUUUAACUAUAUACUUUUGACAUUCUUAAAGCUACCAGGUCAAAUAAAAUACAUCCAACAUUUAUAAUGGCAAAUAAUUAGAACUGCCGAUAGGCAUAACUAGAGUGACCAACUUUACUAGGCAAGAAUUGGUGGAAAACUAAGGUCAAUUGGACAGAUAUGGUUUCUUUACAUGCAGAUGGUUGAUCCACACUACCAUGCGAAAAUCCUAUGAUAGGCAGUGAGGACACAAUCUCCACGAGUGGUGGGUGAUGACUUUCCAGGUUAAGGUAUGGAAAUGGCUGAGUGAACACAGAUUUCUGAAACAAUAGUGUCCAAACGUGGAGAGGUAACCAUCUCUGAAGUAGAAAUGAGGAAUAGUCAUCCUCGAUGUCCUGACAAGGUGAAUUUCAGAUCAAUUACAUGUGGAACAUUCUGGCAAUGUAAACAUGAAGGCUUUUACUAAAAGCUCUAUAUACUUUUCAGGUAUUCACAGUGACCUGGAAGGUUCAGGUCAA